GAAUCACUAAACAUAGACUACCCUUGGAUUAAAAAACACAAUAAUAUUCAUUUAAUCGAAUUUCCCGACUGGCUAUCCUCUGAAAUUAGAGAUUUUGUCAAUUAUGUUUCCCCAACUAAAGACGAAAUAAUCAAAAGAAACACCUGUUUCAAUAAAGUCAGAAAUUUAAUAGCUUCUAAUAUUCCAAACUCUCACGUUCAUGUCUUUGGCUCAUUUGCUGCCGAUUUAUAUCUACCUGAUUCCGAUAUCGAUAUGGUUGUCAUAUGCGAUGACACAAUAUCCUAUCCAGACACUAAAUCCUUAUUAUUCAAAGUUGCUUCUCUAUUAAGAAAUGAAAAAAUCACUUCCUUCAUGGAAACAAUAACCAAAACAGCUGUUCCCAUUAUUAGAAUCAAAGAAAAAUUCUCAAACUUGAAAAUAGAUAUCUCUUUCAACCAAAAAACUGGUUUAAAGGCUGCAGGUUUAAUUAGAUCUUGGCUAAACGAAUUUAAUGGACUACGUGAGUUAAUCCUAGUUAUAAAACAAUUUAUUAAAUCAAGAAAACUAAAUGAUGUUCACUUCGGUGGUAUUGGUGGCUUUGCAAUCAUUUGCCUAGCUUACACGUUUUUCAAGAUUCAUCCAAGGAUCAUAACAAACUCAAUUAACCCUGAAGCUAACUUGGGCACUUUAUUAAUUGAAUUCUUUGAACUUUACGGGAAAAAUUUUAACUAUAACGAUAUUGCGAUCUUAAUCUCUGCUGUUAGUGGCCCAUCUUUAGCCCCAAAAUAUAUUUAUCAAGAAUUAUCAAUUUCAAAGAAAUUCGAUAGACAUAAUUUCAAUCUAGUCAUCCAAGACCCUUUUAUACCAAAUAAUAAUAUAAGUAAGGGCACCUUUAAAAUGAACGAACUUAAAAAGGCUUUUUCUGGCGGUUUCUCCUUAUUAACAAAUAAAUGCUAUGAAUUACAUCAUAUAUCACCCAAAAACAGAAAAGGUGAAACCAUUUUAGGUCAUUUAAUGACUUAUGAAAGUCUUCCAAGAACCUUUUCUGAUGAAAGACAUUUAAUCGUAAAUGAAGCACUAAAAGAUAAUGAAGAAUAUAACCAAAAUUUAAAACAAGUAGAACUCCAAGAAAAAAUUAAAAUCAAAAACGAUAAAGAUAAUCCAAAGAAGCUUUCUAAAGAAACUAGCAAUCAAAUAAAUCCUAGCAUAAAUAAAAAAAAAACUAAAACAAAUAAAAAAUUAAACCAAGAUCAAGAUCUAAAUCAAAAUGAUGAUCAUAAUUUAAGUAAAAAUGAAAAUGAAAAUGAAAAUGAUGAUUAUGAUUAUGAUUUGAAUGAAACUAUUGAUGAAGAUCAGAAUCCAUCUAAGGACUCUGAUUCAAAAAGUAAACUACUUCAUAAUAGAGAUUCUGAUAAUUUAUUAACAGAAGCCACUAAUAAACGUGUCAAAAUAAGUGAUUUUCAUUAA